UUGGCAAAGUUGCCUCCCCGUUGCCUGUUGACUUUAGUCUCCUAGACGUAGCAGGUCCUCGAAAGGGGUCAGAAAUGAGAUGCGACGAACUGUCAAGAGAUCGCACGAGAAGAGGAAUUCUACGAUCGAGUCACGUUAAAAGAUCUUCGUGCUCAAGAAAGAAAAGACACUUGGACGGGAGAGAAACUACUCGCGGAAAUAUUGCGAUUACGAGAUCAGAGCGAGAUAGUGUCGAUGCUGUCGCAAGUGAAUGGAAUGAUAAUAAAUGGCCUCGUUGUUGUCGAAAUCAGAUUACCG